AUGGCGGACGUGCUCAGCGUCCUGCGACAGUACAACAUCCAGAAGAAGGAGAUUGUGGUGAAGGGAGACGAGGUGAUCUUCGGCGAGUUCUCCUGGCCCAAGAAUGUGAAGACCAACUAUGUAGUUUGGGGGACUGGAAAGGAAGGCCAGCCCAGAGAGUACUACACAUUGGAUUCUAUCUUGUUUCUACUUAAUAAUGUGCACCUUUCUCAUCCUGUUUAUGUCCGACGUGCCGCCACUGAAAAUAUUCCUGUGGUUAGAAGACCUGACCGAAAAGAUCUGCUUGGAUAUCUCAAUGGUGAAGCAUCAACAUCAGCAAGCAUAGACAGAAGUGCCCCUCUAGAAAUAGGUCUUCAGCGAUCUACCCAAGUCAAGAGAGCUGCAGACGAAGUUUUAGCAGAAGCAAAGAAACCACGAAUUGAGGAUGAAGAGUGUGUGCGUCUUGAUAAAGAAAGAUUGGCUGCUCGUUUGGAGGGUCACAAAGAAGGGAUUGUACAGACUGAGCAGAUCAGGUCUUUGUCUGAAGCUAUGUCAGUGGAAAAAAUUGCUGCAAUCAAAGCCAAAAUUAUGGCUAAGAAAAGAUCUACUAUCAAGACUGAUUUAGAUGAUGAUAUAACUGCCCUCAAACAGAGGAGUUUUGUGGACGCUGAGGUGGAUGUGACACGAGAUAUUGUCAGCAGAGAGAGAGUAUGGAGGACACGAACAACUAUCUUACAGAGCACAGGAAAGAAUUUUUCCAAGAAUAUUUUUGCAAUUCUUCAGUCUGUAAAAGCCAGAGAAGAAGGACGUGCUCCUGAACAGCGACCAGCUCCAAAUGCAGCACCUGUGGAUCCUACGUUGCGUACCAAACAGCCUAUCCCAGCUGCCUACAAUAGAUAUGACCAGGAAAGAUUCAAAGGAAAAGAAGAAACGGAAGGCUUCAAAAUUGACACUAUGGGUACCUACCAUGGUAUGACGCUGAAAUCUGUAACGGAGGGUGCAUCAGCCCGUAAGACCCAGACUCCUGCAGCACAGCCAGUACCAAGACCAGUUUCUCAAGCAAGACCUCCCCCAAAUCAGAAGAAAGGAUCUCGAACACCCAUUAUCAUAAUUCCUGCAGCUACCACCUCUUUAAUAACCAUGCUUAAUGCAAAGGACCUUCUACAGGACCUGAAAUUUGUCCCAUCAGAUGAAAAGAAGAAACAAGGCUGCCAACGAGAAAAUGAAACUUUAAUACAGAGAAGAAAAGAUCAGAUGCAACCAGGGGGCACUGCAAUUAGUGUCACAGUUCCUUAUAGAGUAGUAGACCAGCCGCUUAAACUUAUGCCUCAAGACUGGGAUCGGGUUGUAGCAGUUUUUGUGCAGGGUCCUGCAUGGCAGUUCAAAGGCUGGCCAUGGCUUUUGCCUGAUGGAUCACCAGUUGACAUAUUUGCUAAAAUUAAAGCCUUCCAUCUCAAAUAUGAUGAAGUUCGUCUAGAUCCAAACGUUCAGAAAUGGGAUGUAACAGUAUUAGAACUCAGCUAUCACAAACGUCAUUUGGAUAGACCAGUUUUCUUACGGUUCUGGGAAACAUUGGAUAGGUACAUGGUAAAGCAUAAAUCCCAUUUGAGAUUCUGA